AUGGCAAGCACCGCCCCACCCCCACCGCCUCCUCCACCCCCUGUAUUCAGCGCCGUAAGUGAUUCAUUUCGCAAAACAUAACUUUCAUUUUCAGCCAAAGGCACUGGCGAGUAGCCAACGGCCAUCAACCAAUAGUCACAACGUCGGGAGCGUUCGUCCCACCCGUAGGUUUUAAUGGUUUGGGCUUGGAUUGGGUUGAACUGGGAGUGUGGGCAUGAAUUUUGGAUUGGUAUGGGCAUAUUAAAAACGUUUUGAAAUAAAAAUUUUUUUUUAAUCAACAGGGGGGACCGAGUUCAACUUUUUUUCAAAAAUUUUAAAAGCCUACUCUUGAACAACUAUUAUGUUUAGAAUGCCCUUAUAACAAAAAAUAAUAACCGUUUUAAUUUCAAACCACCCCUAAAAUCAAAAAUCGAUCAAGAUUAAAUUGAUAAGCAUUGACGUUCUGUUUCAUUUUCAGAAAACACGCAACCUCGAGCCCCUUUUGCCGGAAUACACCCUGAGACAUUACAGGUAAGAGAAGUAGGGUGAUGUUGUUUUAGGUAUUGUCUAGGAUAUAUAGCUUGAUGCUGUUAUUAAAAAAAAUUUUUUUUUGGGAAAGGAGUGGUAAAAAUCAAAAAAAAAUUUGUUUUUGAAAUUUUGAAAAAAGUUUACAGGGAGGACCAAGCUGAUUUUUUUUGAAGUUUUUUUUGGGCUAGGGUAGAUCUAUAAAGAAAGACUUAGCCCAAUUUUUUGGCUAAGCUUUUAAGUUUCAACUUGCUUUGGCUUGACCCAGUCUGGCGCAGAACCUGGACCAACCUAGUUUUUUAUGGUUCUUUCAGGUAUAACUAAGGGAAACCUAUAAUAUUGAAAAAUAUAAUUUGUAGUGACAAAGAUUCUGUAUAGCAUCAAAUAUCUAAAUUUUAUAAUACAUUUUACUUUUAAAAUUUAAAAAUAAUCAUUAAACAUACUAUUAUAUUUUUCAGCACGCUGCCGCUGGUCUGCGCAAGACCCAGUACCGUGAACCGCUUCUCGCACCUGAACAAGAGCCGAGCAUGGGACGACAGACUGAGCUUCCUGCUGGAGGACAUCGGCCGUCUGACGCGCAGCAUGCGCGGUUUCAAUGGCCUGCGGCCGGAGCGCCGCUACAUGGCUCGUACGCUGGCCCCAACCCAUCUGCCCCGCUCGGUCAGCACAACGGAGCUGGCGUGGCGGUGAGUAUACUGUAGUUUUGUUACUGUAUUCUCGUUUUUAGUGUUUUAACUCAUCUGUAUGGGCUUUAUUAUGAUUUUUUUGAGGGCGGGGUAAAAUGUUUUGGGCGGGGUAAAUUUUUUUGGGGGGUGUUUAAAAUUUUCUUUGUAAAAAUUAAAAGAAAAUUCUUGAUGAAAAUUAAAUGUAUAAUACUACUAUAAGAACAAAAUUUUAGUUAAACGGUCGCCCCGGCUACACAGUCCAAUCCUACACCACCAGCUACAACUCGGUUCCAGCUUAUAACAAUAUUUCAACGUCUCCUCCACCCCUGCCCAACUCUCAACCCCCUCCAUUGUCUCCAACCAACUUCAACAAUAAUAAUCAAGUUUCAGUUCAGCCCAUCAAAAAGGAUUACAGUUACUCGUCCGGUCCAGGACAUCAGGUUCAAGUUCAUGAAGAGAGCUAUCAAUCGCCUCCAAAUCCGUGGGUUUUUUUCCUAAAAUUUGUUUGAAAUAUAGGUUUAAAAUUGAAAAAUGUCAAAAUUUUAUAGGUUUGAGGUAUUUGGAUGAUGAAAAUGCAAGUGUGACGAAAUGUCACAAAAAUUAUUGGAAAUAUGACGAAGUGUCACAAAAUAUAUUGGAAGGCAAUAAUUUUUUAAAUAUCUUCAACAAUUAGUAAAAUGACACAAUUUUAUUAAGAAAGCAAGAAAAGUGACUAUGUUAUUGGAUUCUUUACGAAAUUCCACAAAAAUUAUUGGAAAAAUGACGAAGUGUCACAAAAUUAUUGGAAAAGCAAAAAUGUUUAAAAAUUAAAAAAAAACUUCAAAAAAAGUUAGUAAAUCAACAAAAUGACACAAUUUAAUCACUAAAACACGGAAAGCCACACAAUUAUCGGAUUUUUUACGAAAUGUCACAAAACUAUUGGAAAAAUUUAAAACUUUUUUUUAAAAUAAUAUUUCAGAAACAGUUCAAGCUCUUAUUCCUCGUAUUCAAAGACCGAAACCUACAAUUACAACACUCCACAACAACAACAACCACGAGUUCAAACGCAAAUAUACACCUACAAUCCACCACCAGCUCCUGCUCUCUCGCCUCAUGUCUAUGCUCAACCGUUUGCGUAGGUUUAGGUUUUAUGAAAGUUUAUUGAGUUUUAGUAGUAGAUUGUUGUAAGUGAAAGAUAAGAGAGAGUAUUUAUGUUUACUAUGGUGAAACUUCUUUAUAGGCAACCUUUUUAAAAUUUUUUGAAAUUUUAGGUAACAAAAUUCAUUUUUUAUAGUAAAAUAUAAUUUUUAUUGUACUUUUAGUAACGGGAAUGGCACAGUUCAACCAUCGCAGCCAAGUAAUGUAUAUUCAUCUAGCUAUCAAUCGUCGAACUCUUCUACCACGACCACUAAUAACUACAUUAAACCAGCUAACAAUAAGUACGUUUUUUUUUCAAACACAGGACCUAUUUGCGUAUUUUACAAUUUUUUAAAAAUGGCUCUUACAAUUCAUGAGCAUGAGCAUGAGUAAUUUCUCCUCCCUUAUACCUAUUUUUACAGCCCUAACCCUAUCCUUCUCUGACAACUUUUGUUCUCGACUUUAACCUUAUCUCAGUCGCUUUGUCCUGCUCUAUCUUCAAAUGGUGUCGCUGCCUAAAAAGUAAUAAAAUUUUGUGUUUUCAGUGACUUCAUAGCCAAUCCAAAGCAAUACAUCUACGACUUUGCCACACGAACCCCAAUAAAGUCACCUGGACCUCAACAACAAGCUCAAAGUUCACCACAGCCAGGCAGUGAUUAUCAACAACGUUUCUCUUCCAGUUCUUCAACUACAACAACGAGAACGACUGAACAAACGUCACCACGCCGUCCUUACGACUUUGCUACUGAAUUGAGGGAUAAUGGUGGGUAUUAUAACUUUUUUAAUUUUUUUUUGAAUUUUUUAAAAUUUAAAAAUUAAAAUUUUCAAAUUUAAAAAAAAUUAAUUUUUUUAGGUAGCGUAUGCCAUUUUAAACAGCUUUUUUAGUAUUAAAACUCAUGUUUUAGGCUUAACAAGCAGUCAAAAGUACUUCAAUCAGUUCCAAAAAUCGAGUCAACAGAGUAAUCCACCCCCGUCUUCUUAUUCCAGCCGUUAUGAAGUGAGUUUUGACUGUUUAAACAAUAAUAUUCUUAGUUUCUAUUUUUCUAUUUUUUGGUCUUCUGUCUAACUAAGCUUAUAUAAGUUUGGCAACAUCAGAGUCUUAUAAAUUUUGGCGUCAGACAUGUUUCUAUUCUUGUCUUUUCUUUGCUUCUAUUUUAGGCUUUUCUAUCCAUUUUUAAAGUUUAGUCGUGUCAUCUUUUGACAAACUUAAAAUUUUCUUUUUGACUUUGUACUUAGUAUGGGUUGUAGCGUAAGUUAGGGCAGAAAAGAGUAAGGUGGAGUAGGAGAGAGUAGAGUAAAGUAGGGUAAGGUAGAGUAGAGCAGAGUAAAAAGGUUGUCAGAGGCAUUACCGGACUUAUGGUUUUAUUAUCUGAAAGAAGGUUGUUUAAAAAUGUUUUUGAUUAUAUAGUAUGUUGCCAUAGGAUAGAGGUGGACAAACUAUGACAACUAAUAAAGCAACGUAAAGAAAUUUUAAAAGUAUGGUGAGGUAGAUGUAGAUUUAAAAAUAUUGACUGGAAAGUGCGAUAUAGUACUUUGCUGAAGAUCUUAUAUUUACAUGACUUUCCUAUAUAAAAAGCUUGAAGUCAACUAGUCCAGGGAGGUCGAGCAUUGCUUAUAAGAGAAUCUUACAAACUGUUCUUAGUUUAUAGUCUAAACACUGCUUAUUUUUAUGACAUACUAUGUACAACUAAGACCUUGUUUUAAGACUUUGAAGCCCUUUACAAAGUAAAAGAAGCAAACUUUGAACGUUUUUUUGGAUCCGUACUAUCAAGUUUUAUGCCAUUCUUUUCUCGUGUUUUUUGGAGCGGUUCAUGUCAGAAGUCAUUCUUUAUGUGUCCUUUCUGGUGGAUUGUUUAGUAUUGUUUUCUUGCGAGAGCUUCAAACCCUGGCGCGUCUUUCAAAUAAAGCCAAGAGUGCAGAUUAAGUUCGACCGGCUAAUUUGGAAAAGAGUCGUUUAACUUUUCAGUAUCCUUUUUUAGAGGGGGGUUUGGAAUGGGGAUGAGCAUUUAGGAGGAGUUUUUUUGUCUCAUCUGCUCGAGUUUGGGCUUGGGCUUGAGUUUAGGUUUAAACUAAAAAACUAGGCCUUAGACUGUAGUGUUUAGGCUAUGGUUUAGGCUAGGGUUUGGGUUUUGAGUUGGGCUUCGGAUUGGGUUUUGGGUUUGAGUUUGAGUUUGGGCUUGGGUAGGGGCUUGGGCUUACGCUUAGACUAAGAGCUAGAUCUUAAACCAGUGUUCAGAUUAUGGCUUAG